GCUUCAAAUAAUUCAUGGCUUCCUCCUCUAGACAUGGGCCACCCUGUUUUUGCAGUGUUGGGGCUGGAAAGAAUAUGGGUUUUGGGCCGAUUGCGGGAAAGAGGGAAUUGGGAGGAAUGGGCCACAGCUAAGCCGAAAUAAAGCAGUCGAUCAUUGCAAUUUCAUCAGCUUCUUUCCUGAAAAAAUAAAAAAUCAGCUUUGGGUGUAAGUGGGGAUUUUUGAAAACAGAUCGAAAUCGGGCCAUGAAAAUUCUGAGUUUGAACAAGUAGGAAUUAUUGACAAGUAGAGGGUAGACUAGCAUUUUCAGUUCCUAACGACUCCAGUAGUUAAAAGUUACAGUGCAAUAAGUAUCAUCUGCUGUUAUUCCUGCGUCGUGGAGACCAGCUGCGAGAAAAAAGCCUGAAGCUUUUUGAUCUUGUUUGAGCAAUUGCUUAUGUGAUUGGGUAAAAAAGACAGAAAGACCGAUGGGUCUGAUUUAGUGUUUGAAAAAGAGGGAAACGGAGAUGGACGGAAGUAGGAAGAUAAGCGUGAGCCCAAGACCAUGCAGUGGGAGGAGGGUAUUAGCAAAGAAAAGAGGAAUAGGAGGAAUUGAUAAUAAGUUCGUCAACAGUGUUAACAAACUUCACAGAAGGGAAAUCUGCUCCAAGCGUCAUCGUGCCUUCACCGUCACCGACGCCCAGGAUCGUUUCCGUAAUAUCCGUUUGCAGGAGGAAUAUGAUACUCAUGAUCCAAAAGGUCAUUGUUCCAUGGUAUUACCUUUCUUGAGAAAAAGGUCAAAGAUUAUUGAGAUUGUAGCGGCACGUGACAUUGUCUUUGCUCUUGCACAAUCUGGUGUUUGUGCAGCCUUUAACCGAGAGACCAAUCAAAGGAUAUGCUUUCUGAAUGUUACUCCUGAUGAAGUUAUACGGAGCUUGUUUUACAAUAAAAACAAUGACUCGCUUAUUACAGUUUCAGCUUAUGCUUCAGAUAAUUUUAGUUCCUUGAAAUGCAGAAGCACAAGGAUCGAAUACAUACGGAGGGGUAAACCAGAUGCUGGCUUUGCUCUUUUUGAAUCUGAGUCACUGAAAUGGCCAGGUUUUGUAGAGUUUGAUGAUGUAAAUGGGAAAGUACUCACUUAUUCUGCACAGGAUAGUAUAUACAAGGUGUUUGACCUCAAAAAUUACACAAUGUUAUAUUCCAUAUCGGAUAAAAAUGUUCAAGAGAUUAAGAUCAGUCCAGGGAUCAUGUUAUUGAUUUUUACCAAAGCUAGCAGCCAUGUUCCUCUGAAGAUUCUUUCCAUUGAGGACGGUACUGUUCUCAAAUCUUUCAACCAUCUUCUUCAUCGGAAUAAGAAGGUGGAUUUUAUUGAACAGUUCAAUGAAAAGCUUCUAGUUAAGCAAGAAAAUGAAAAUCUCCAGAUUCUUGAUGUCCGCAACUUUGAGCUAACAGAAGUUAGCAGAACUGAAUUUAUGACGCCAUCAGCAUUUAUAUUUUUGUAUGAGAACCAGUUAUUUCUAACAUUUAGAAAUCGAACUGUGGCUGUGUGGAACUUCCGAGGAGAGCUUGUAACUUCCUUUGAAGAUCACCUUUUGUGGCAUCCUGAUUGCAACACUAAUAACAUAUAUAUUACAAGCGAUCAAGAUCUUAUUAUUUCUUACUGCAAGGCUGAUUCUGAUGAUCACUUGUCUGAAGGAAUUGCGGGUUCCAUUAAUAUCAGCAAUAUUUUGACUGGAAAAUGCCUUGCUAAAAUAAAAGCAAGUAAUAGCUUUUCCAGUGAAUGCAGUUGCAGUGGAAAUUUUAGUGGAUGCUGUAACAAAUCAAACAAGCAUAUGCAUAGCUCAAGAAUUAGGAGCACAGCUGCAGAAGCUUUGGAAGAUAUUACUGCUCUCUUCUAUGAUGAGGAGCGCAAUGAGAUCUAUACUGGCAAUAGACACGGCCUAGUUCAUGUAUGGUCUAAUUGAUGAGUUGGGUUUUCCUUUGUUUAUAAAGAUGAAAAUGAGAUGAUUGAAUGCUCCAUGGAUGUAAGAAUUACGUGAAGUUGUAUCAUUAGACGCUCUUGUACCAAUUCAUUGUUUUUUUUUUUUUUGCCAAUUUGAAUUCAUUGUGUUUC